AUGUCGGCCACAGUAGAUGGCCUGCCGCCGGAUCCGCUGUUGCUACUGCGCAAGACAAUAGCAGCGAAUAAAACGCCAAUCCUCACCACCGACCCCGAUCCUUCAAACCAGGCGCAAUCCGACGUCUCUUUAGCCCAGGCGCAGUUCCUCAUCUUCAACUUCGAAUCGCCGCAAGAUGGAGGUCAGCACAUCGCCGUUCCCCUCACGCAAGAGACCCGUUUCGUCUCGGCAGCCCACAAGCAAGCAUUGCACCUGCGAGUCGUCUACUUCUACUGGCUGCACAAGGAUUCGAACACGACAACGACACUGCAGGACCUUCAAGCUCUCAAUGAUGAGCUCAAGCAGUCGGGAAAGGAAGAGACGAUUCUCAACAUUCCCUUCACGGAGAGGAUAGAUCUGAACGGGUGGCUGCAGGGGAAUACUGGCGAGAAUGGGAGCGAGUUCAUUCAAAGCCUAGACGACAACAAAGCCGUGCGCGUGGAAGCCGACGAUGCGGCAAAGCAAAUCGCAGGAGAUGCGGACGUCGAAAUGCGUGAUGCAGGAAUGGACGACUCCAAGCGUCGUGAGGAAGGCGAGAGACUGAAAAUGAUAUACGCCGGCGAGCGCAAGAUGGGAGACCACAAUACCGUGCUCCGCGGCAUCAAGAUCCAGGAUUUCAGCGGUAUCCGCAAAUACUCUUCCCUCUUCCUCGGAAAAGCCAAACCUGCUCAACAGCAGGCGGGCACCACAACAGCGCUCACCAACAAUCCCGCUCUUCGACCACCAGUCAAACCCUCCCACGCAAACCGCCGUGUCGAACCUAUCAUCCUGCUCUCAUCUUCCUUCUCCUCCCUCCUCCGAAUGCCAAACAUCAAAUCCUUCCUGGCAGAGGGCGUCUACCAACCCCUCGAAUCCUCCGGCGAAGCACCCAACAUUCUCCACAUCUCCCGCAACCUCCGCAGUAUCUACGCAGGCCAUCCAACGCGUUUCAUCCUCGUGGACGACCCUUCGCAUUUCAGACCGGAUUACUGGAAUCGCGUCGUGGCAGUCUUCACGACAGGUCAGACAUGGCAAUUCAAGAACUACAAAUGGCAAAAUCCCGCGGAGCUGUUCUCGCACGCACUGGGUGUGUACGUGGGUUGGAAGGGUGAGAUGGUGCCAGAGACGGUGAAAGGAUGGGGCAGAGGUGUGAUGAGCGUGCAGAUCGACAAGGGUCCAAACAGGUGGCAAGAUCGAGAGGUCGUGGAGACGAUCUGGAGUAACAUCGAGGCGAGGAUGAGGGCGAUGGCCUGGGGCAAGGAUGGCGCGAGAUGA